ACACGCACAAAAUCCCUCAACACAGAAAGGGGACAACAAAAGGAAACACAGAAGAAAGAGUGAGUGAUGGAGUUGGAAGGAAUCGGUAAGAAAGAGAAAGAAGAAAGCGGCGGCGGCGGAGGAGGAGAGCGUGAGAUUGAGAACGUAAAUUUGUCGUCGGCGGAGGCGUCGGAGAUAAAGUACGUGAGCUAUGGAGGAGAAGAGCACCUGCCUCUAAUAAUGGGGCUGGUGGACCAAGAACUGAGCGAGCCGUACUCCAUCUUCACCUAUCGGUACUUCGUGUAUCUGUGGCCGCAGCUGUGUUUCAUGGCGUUCCACGGUGGCAGGUGCGUGGGGACGGUGGUGUGUAAGAUGGGGGAGCACCGCAACACCUACAGAGGGUACAUCGCCAUGCUCGUCGUCAUCAAGCCGUACAGAGGCAAAGGCAUCGCCACCCAACUAGUCACCAGAUCUAUUCAAGUCAUGAAGGAAUCUGGCUGCGAAGAGGUAACGCUGGAGGCAGAAGUGACAAAUAAAGGAGCUCUGGCGCUGUACGGGCGUCUUGGAUUUAUACGGGCAAAGAGGCUAUUCCGGUACUACUUGAACGGGGUGGAUGCUUUUCGUCUGAAGCUGCUGUUUCCCCGCCCUCUUUACUCUCUUCCUUCCCAAUCCCAGGCUAAUAAUGACAACAUGGCCAUGCCAUUGCCCAUGGAAGAUUGACUUUGGCUCGCAGCUUUACCUUUUCACCCGAUGAGAUUCAAGAGAUUCAACAAGCUUUUCUUGUAAUGUGUGUGCACUCAAAUUCGACUCACUUGUUCUUCCCACCAAUUUUCUACUUGAUCAAACAAUUCAGAGCUUGAGAAUUUAAUUGAAAACAGCAAUAUAGAUUACACUGA